GAUUGGCUGACUCUAAUACGAACGACGCCACAAGGGGCGGGACGAAGAGGAGAGCAAGCGCACUGCGUUCCGAGUCUCGGGACCCUUUUCCGAGAGACUAUGGCGCUCAACAAGAACCACUCGGAGGGCGGCGGAGUGAUCGUCAACAACACCGAGAGCAUCCUAAUGUCCUAUGACCAUGUAGAACUUACAUUCAAUGACAUGAAAAACGUGCCAGAGGCCUUCAAGGGGACCAAGAAGGGCACCGUCUACCUUACCCCAUACCGGGUCAUCUUCCUGUCCAAGGGGAAGGACGCCAUGCAGUCCUUCAUGAUGCCAUUUUAUCUGAUGAAGGACUGUGAGAUCAAGCAGCCUGUGUUUGGGGCAAACUACAUCAAGGGAACAGUGAAGGCCGAAGCAGGAGGUGGCUGGGAAGGCGCUGCAUCGUACAAGUUGACCUUUAUGGCAGGGGGUGCCAUCGAAUUUGGACAACGGAUGCUACAGGUGGCAUCUCAAGCCUCCCGAGGCGAAGCCCCCAACGGAGCCUAUGGUUACUCUUACAUGCCCAGCGGGGCCUAUGUCUUCCCCCCGCCAGUCGCCAAUGGAAUGUACCCCUGCCCUCCUGGCUACCCCUAUCCACCGCCCCCACCUGAGUUCUAUCCAGGACCUCCCAUGAUGGACGGAGCCAUGGGAUACGUGCAGCCCCCGCCACCACCCUACCCCGGGCCCAUGGAGCCUCCGGUCAGUGGCCCCGAUGUCCCCUCCACUUCUGCAGCUGAAGCCAAGGCCGCAGAAGCAGCUGCCAGCGCCUAUUACAACCCGGGCAACCCGCACAACGUCUACAUGCCCACGAACCAGCCUCCGCCACCGCCCUACUACCCCCCAGAAGAUAAGAAGACCCAGUAGACCCCUCCCACCCCCUCCUCCCACCUCUCAUCGCUCUUUCCUCCCCUCCCCUUGGGCUGAGUCUGGGGUGGGAGGUGAUGGGAGAGCCUUGUCCUUCCUCCAGGUUUGAUUAUAAAACAGUUACCAGGAACUGUCUUUGAAGGAGGGGAAGGGCCCCUUGACUCGGGAGCGGCGCCUCCCAGCUUCCCACGCGAGCCCGGAACCCCCAGGCGCUUCCCUCCCCCCAUCUCUGGGGGCGUCCCCCUUGUUCCUGUUUGGCUUCUACACACGGAGGGACUCUCUGGCCACCUCCUCCAGCAGUCCAGCCUCCUGUUUUGGUAGCGCCUUUAUCCUCAGCCUCACGAGCUCCGUCAGACCAGCCACGUGUCUUCCCCGGGGCCCCUGCCAGGCCCUACUCACAUUCCCCCCACUCUAAUCUGUGCCUGGCUGUGAGAGGCCCCCUUCCUGCCGGACUGUCGGCCCACAUUCCGUUCCCAGCCAGCCUCGGCCUCCGUCUCGCUCACCUUCCCUUCCCUGUCCUGUCCUGGUCAUCCUGUUGCCACCACUUUUGACCUUUGGAGCUCUCCCCUGAGCUGCCGGGGCGGUGGCAUCAGGGCCAGGCCCCUGCGACAGGGGAGGGAGCCUUUCUGCUUCCCUGCUAGUAUUUCUGGAAUUUGUUUCCCUUUGCCUUCUUGCUUUUCCCUCUAGAAGGGGCUUCUUGGACUGGAACUGGAGAGUGCAUGUCCAUUUGGAGGCUGCGGGGCAGGCGGGGAACACAGCACCUGAUCCCUGGGGCCCGGCCAGGGUGCUGUCCGUGACCUCUCACCAGCCCCUCAGCCUGCCCCCUUCCCUUUGAGCUUCAUGCCUGGUUGGCAGUAUGCCCCCUGGACGCACUAAAAUUUGCUCUCAUUUGCUCCUGGACUGGCCUUCAAGUGAGGAGAUGGUUAUUUAAAGAGAAUUCCCUAUUUAUUUGACCAAAAAAAAUCCAGUUAAUAUAUUAAUGUGAAAUAAACCCUGUUUGCACCUUGAUUUGUCUGCUGAAAAUGUGAACUAGUAAAAAUGAAGUAACUGGA